AUGUCAAAACGAGUCUAUUUCUCUGUUGAAGGGCGUGUCCAAGGUGUUGGCUUCCGGUACUUUACUCAAAAGAGAGCUCAGGAGUAUGGGGUGACUGGUUGGUGUCGAAACACAAAGGAUGAGAAAGUUGAGGGAGAGGCCCAAGCCAGCGAAGAGGUUCUUUCCAAGUUCUUAAAGGAUGUGGACGAUGGUCCGAGAUCAGCUCGGGUCACAAAGGUUUCACAAGAAGAGAGGCAGAUUAUCGAGGGAGAGAGUGAUUUCACAGUCACGCGUUGA